AUGAUGAUGAUGAUAUCUCUUCAGUUCUCCACUCCAUCGCUAUCUUUUCUCACAUCUGAUUCCAAUUCCAAAUUUUGCGAGACAACGAAGCCUGCGCCGCCGUUAGAUUCCGGUGGCGGUAAUGACGGAGGAGGCGAUGGUGGAGAUAACGGUGAUGACGACGGAGAGGUGGAGGGUAAAAACAGGCUGUUGCCGGAAUGGCUAGAUUUCACGUCGGACGAUGCCAAGACUGUAUUCUUGGCUAUAGCUGUAUCGUUGGCGUUUCGAUAUUUUAUUGCAGAACCCAGAUACAUUCCUUCCUUGUCCAUGUAUCCUACUUUUGAUGUCGGAGAUAGACUGGUUGCAGAGAAGAAUGCUGUUUCAAGGUUUCACACUUGUUGGUUUUGUGGUUUGUUACAAAUGUUCAAGCUUUUACAUGUUGAGGAUGAGGUGAGUUAUUAUUUCAGGAAGCCUUGUGCGAACGAUAUUGUAAUCUUCAAAAGCCCACCUGUUCUUCAGGAAGUUGGGUACACUGAUGCAGACGUAUUCAUUAAACGGAUUGUAGCAAAAGAAGGCGACCUUGUUGAGGUUCAUGAAGGGAAACUGAUGGUUAACGGUGUUGUUCGAAAUGAAAGUUUCAUCUUAGAGCCUCCUGGUUAUGAAAUGACACCAAUUGUAACGGGUACCAGAAAACUCGGUCUUUGUGAUGGGUGAUAACCGGAAUAACAGUUAUGAUUCGCACGUGUGGGGUCCUCUGCCUUUGAAGAAUAUUAUAGGACGGUCAGUUUUUCGGUAUUGGCCACCAAAUAGAGUAAGCGGUACAGUGCUAAAUGGUGGAUCAUGUGCUGUGGAUAAGCAAUAGAAGCAUAUUGGAAUGUUUUUGAUUUCGCAUUUGAAACCAAACGAAAAAAACAAUGUAGUAGUACAAUUUUUUGUGAAGAAAUGAAGAGAAAGAUUGCACAUUUGAAUUUGGAUUUGCAGGUAGAGAAAACAAAGAAUGUUUAUUUGCAUAGUGAAGAAAACAAAAACAAAAAAAGAAGAGUUUUACUUGGUAUUGAGUUUACAGGUCUUAUGAGUAAAUUGUAUUGGUUUUGUGGUUUUGGAGGAAGAGAUGAAGAAGGAGCAUGAGAUGUGAUUCAGGUGCUUCGACUUCACAAGCUUUCCCAAAAGAUUCCCUUGUGAUCUGAUCUCAAACUCCAACUUCACCGGAACUCUUCCCUUCUUGUCGGAAGCAGCUAAGUUUGGUCCUGCUCCAUACAGAGGAACCUCUACGCCUAUGAGCUUCACAAUGGCUAUGUGCUUACUCUUUCUUGGUUGGUAAUAACUCUUAAGCUUCACAAAUGGCGAGAGUGAGAGCAGAGAAGGUGAGAUUGAAAGCAGAAGAAGAGACAUGGAUACCAAAGUAAGGAGCAGGACUGUCUAUUGUCACUUUCACUGAGCUGUUAAAGCUCAGAAUCUUGGUGGCGACUCCUGUUCUGUCUAUACCUACUCCGUAGUAAAAGCUAUGGAGAUUAAAGCUCUUGACAGAGACGAUAGGAGAGAAAGGAUGAGAAGCUCCCCACAAAACAGAGCAGAAAACAGAGAACACAACCACAAUCCCUAAUAUCACCAUCACGGCUCUGCAUUGUCCCACAGAUAAUCCUCUGUUGCUAUCUUCAUAAACUUCCUCUUCAUCAAUCGUGUAAGGCCUCUCAAGCCAAUACAUGUCUCUCCUCCGAGAGCUUCCUUUCCACCGGAAUCCCACACCGCUGGUUCCAUUGGAGGUUCGGCUUGAGGAAGAGAGACGUGACUCCGUGAGGAUGGUGUAGUUUGGGGUUUGAAUCUGAAUCAAGGAAGCAGAGGAAGAUGAUUUAUCACCAUCGUAUAGUACUUGGGACACGCUUGAUGGGCUCUCAACGUAGUAAGCUUGUUUUGGUGAUGAAAUCGAUAGGUCUAAGCUUGUUCUUUCUGAUUCAGACGUUGCGUCCAUCAUCUUACCUCUUUUUUUCUCAGUGGUUUUUUCCUGACGAACAACUCUGUUUAUUAGUUCUUAGAAGAAAAGUUCUUCCAAUUUUUUCUCCUUGAUCUACUCACUCAGUUUUAGUGUUCCACAAUUGGUUGAUUCUAUACUACGUGUCAUUUUCAUUUGUAUUCUCCAAAAUAUUAAUUCC